CGGUGGUGAGCGGUUCGAGUUUCGAUAAAUAGUGGUGGAAUAAUACGUUCGCCAAACGCAUCCGCUCUACAAACGAUCCUGGGUGUAUUUUUUUUGUCAAUUUGUGCUGGACUCCGACAUCCUUGUUGCAUCAACUGAUUAGGUGAACUGUUCUGAAGUGUAUUUUUGCAAAAUUGUUUCAACUGUUGAAGUUGAAAAGGAAAUGCUAAAAAGCAGCUUGAGCAGAGAAAUUUAGUGAAAUAAAUGGAAUAUAAUAUAUUUUUUUCAAUGACUUUUUCGGGUUCAUCAAUUGUAUAUCUAACGCAGACAUUGUUCUCAAGUUGAAAGUGUAAUCACUGUCAUUAGGGUGGAGCAAAAUAUUCGUGACGAUUUUGAGCAGUGGUGGUAGAUCGCCAAAUCAGGACGACAUUUUGAAUUGUGUUUAUUGAAAUUUAUUGGAUCCGAUUGUGUGUUGGGCUUGGGCUCGGAGAACAAUAGAGAAAUCGAAAGUCGAAAAAUUGAUUCAAUAGUGUUAGUGUGGUUCUUUGAAAAAACAUUCAACGGGAGUGUUAAAAAAGUGAAUACGGUAUACACUAUAUACCAGAACUCCCUUCAGAAAAAAUGCUCAUAAAACUAGUUAAAGAAGAUUUUUCGUGCUUGAGAAAUGGAUUUAUAUAACAUUAUCUUCGUUUGAUCGAAUUAUUCCGAAUUUAUUUUAGUAAGGUAAGCCGAGCUAAUUACGACCAAACUUGAGGUAACCACACAAAAGCAUCUUCAGUAUUCCACGUACUGACUGAAGACAAGUUUAUUGCGAAAGCUAGUUUGGUUAGCAAAAGUAGUAGGGAGUCGCCAAGAUGAUAGCCUGAGGGCUGAACCAUCAGGAGUGUAGAGAAAAUGCACAGCGGUAGUUUCAUCUCGCCCAAACAUCCGGCCAUACCGGUAUCGAUCGGCAUUGCAUCGAUCGUUCUCGAGGGCCGACCAGCAAUCCUCGAUGAAGGUGGGGCUUCCUCUGGCGACAGUGCAUCACCAGGUUGUGGUCCGGGUGGGGGAGGCGGUGGAGGUGCAUCCGAUGAAGAUGGUGGGUUUUAUGGAACAGCAACGGAUCAUGGCAAACGAUAUGCAUCGUCCGAAAGGGCCACUCGAGAGAGUCCCCUGCAGAUGGCCGAAUGUCACAAGUCCUUCAUGUCUGAUGCAGCUCAACGGAUCAAUCUAAAACUCCAGCAGAUACGUUCAUGUCCUGGCUCGAGCAAGGAUAUAGUAGAGAAUAUGGUAACCGUUCAAGCGUCUGGAAGUGGCGCACGUCGCGGUGCCGUUGGCGAUCAAGACGAGUACGACGGUUACGGAGUGGAGACGUAUGUGAGUGAAGCUCGCGGUGAAGCAAGUUCACUGGUUUUUAGUGCCAAAGCUUGGAGCAGAGAUCAUAUUUACAGUGGGUUUGAAAAGAUGAAACUUCUGAGUGCGGUUUCACCGAUCAAAGCGGCAGCCACACCAUUUAUCAACUUCUCCCCAAAUGUAAACUCAAAGAAGAAAUCCGAUGCUGGCAUUAGUAAUACGGUGACUACCAAACCACGUUCUCGCGAGGGACCUCAUUGCGAACAGUUUUUGAAAAAAAUCGGUGUCAUUAAAACGGAUCCAAUAGAGGAAGCAGAGCAUAGCUGCAGUUAUCGAAAUGAAUUCUGUCUACGUUGGCAAGCUUAUUUCAAACAGCUCUCAUCAAUUUUAACAAGUGGCGAUGCAAUUUGCAUAGAAGUGUUUCUUGGACCCGAAAAUCAUGCUAUUCUACUAGAACAAUGGAUUUUAAAAUUAAAAAUAAAAUCUUCUGAAUCAACAAUGACACUACAAUCUCUCUGUGCUGCCAUACGUAGUCAAUUAUACUUCUCGCAAAUAUCCGCCUGGACCGACCUAAUCAGGAAUUCGCUUGAACCAGAAAUUUUCAACAAUCCACGCAUAAAAAAAUCUUCCUCGGGAGCACCCUCAGGUUCGAUGAGUAGUAGCAGCGGCAGCGGUGAAGUAUCCCCACCAAUAUUACCAGAAGCAAAAUUGGAUAUUCUUUUUCGCAUUCGGGGUUAUGACAACACUGCUUGCUUUAAUGAGACACCUAACGUUCACAAUUUCCCAGAUGCCAUGAUUGCGGGCAACUACGUCAUAGAAGUUAGCCUGAAAAGCUUGCCCCGGUUAGAACGAAUUCCAAGAAUAAAUGAUGAGAUGGAUGCCAAAAUGAACGAAAGCUUGGUCAGCGAUCGAAUCGAUUUACCGUGUCAUGAGAAAGGAAAGCAUCGUUGUGCUUUCCGAGAAGAGGAGGAAGAAGAUCCUCAAAUGGGGGACGAUGAUCUUUCGUCGGCCGCUGUUAGUCACCGAGAAAAACAGCUUAUCAAGUACAAGAAGCGAAUGAUGAAACGUGAGAAAAAGAAAAAAACUGCGUCUAGCGAACUUGCGUCAGGACCAGCCGAAUCGAUUCCAAUGGUAAUAACACCUCCGGUUUGUAAAUCACCAGCGCUGAAUAUCCCUACCGUGAACCAUAACAGUAACUGUUGCGUACCGCCAUACACUUCGUCCAUCAAUUUGAUCCAACCGCCACUGUACUCGAAUUGCGAUGAUCUUUAUCAGACAGCCCCGUGUGCCAACAACACUAAAGCUACACAAACUGCCGUCUUUUCAAGUAUGUCCACCGGUAGCAAUGUCACGACUGUAGCCACCCAGACAGAUGCGAGUGGGUGUUGUUGUCUCUGUUCUAAAGAGCAGCCGAUGUCGGAACCUGGUAAACUGAUGAGCACAAACAGUGAUAGUCAAAUGCAAUAUAAUAAUAGUAAUUAUAAUCGUGAUUACCCUAGUGAUGACUGUGAUACAAGCCAGCCUGAGGCUGACGUUGUGGUCCGCGAAAAGCAUCAACGCGAGAAUUUAAAAGGUCUUCGAAAGGCCGAACUGCUUCUGCAGGCCAUCCAGCGGACGGCAAUCAUCAACGACCACCAGCAGCCUGAAGUGGCACAUUUCAAAAACAAUAAUUACUAUAGUGGUAGUUACAAUGAUAAUAACAAUAUUGGUAGUGAUACAGCAAAGUGCGAGCGAAGCGAAUGUGAUACUUUUACUUUCAAUAAAAACGCGCUAGAUUUAGGUGACUGUCGUUUAUGCAAACGACAAAAAACGAAGCAUAAUUUUAAGUUAGCUCUCAACGAGUCGGAGAGCAGUAGCACAAGCAGUAGCACCAACAACAGUCCUCCCGGCUGCCGUCGGACGUUGUCUGAGAGUUUGGUGGGCCAUUUUACCAUACCAUCGUCCCCGCAUUACGACGAGACAAGCACUAAUGUAGGCAACAGUAAUGGUCACAGUGCACGGAAGGAUGUUAAUGAUCUCAGCGCUGCACUCAGUAGCUCGACGGGUGCAAUUGGAAAUGGAGCCUUUUCAUUCGAGCAGUUGAAAAGUUACCGACGUGCUUUCUCCGAAGAUGUCAUAGACACGAUCAAUUCAAAAAAUGGUAUUGAGUCCACUCUAAUUGUCGAUGACGGUGAUGAUCAAGAGGAAGAUGAGGAUGAUGAUACGUUUCAAAAGUGCAAAUGCCCGAUAAAAUUUUCCCGGCCAGUGUUACUUGACUUCCCUAGCCGAACACCAUUCGUCACACCAGAUUCUGAUCGUCUUCAAACGUCAACACCAGCCAAUAGUACAAGCAAAUUCCCACUGUACGUGAGCUGUACUGAAAACGAUUGUUCCGUUAGCACAGCAAGCAGUGUGUCACCCCAUAAAAAACAAAUCCUGAGCUGUACGGCUGGCACGGGAAACGCAUCUCAGAACAAACCAUCAUCUCCGACGUACUUCACCAUCCCGAAAAUAAAUCUCAGCAAUAUUUUCAACGUAUCGCCUUUAGCGCGUGAAGAUUCCGGUUUUGCUAGUAGCUCAAGUCCGAUUCCAAUUGAUGGUAGUGUAUUUAACUUUACUGGAUCGAUCGAUCGGUUGAACGUGCGUAAAUCUAAUUCUGCCCCAACAAACCAUCUUUCACCCGGUUCACUGUCGCCUCGAUUUAUUCGACAUAGUUACAAAAAUCAACGAACCCGCCAUCUUUCGGAACGCAGUUCCUUCUCCGAACGUUCAUCGGUUGGUUCCGACGAGCACCUAUCGGAUGAUGAAUUCCCUUAUCUAUCGGAUUCCAUCACCACUAGCAGUACAGGUCACGCUUCCCUUGGUGCAAACAUUGUUCCGUCGUCACCACUGAAGUUUGGUGUAGUACAGCGUCCAUUCAUCAAGUCGUUUAGCAAAAAUCUCUUUAAAUUUGGACGUCUUCCACUGCUGGGUACAUUAGAGGAAUCACUGCUACAACGUCGCAUUGCUCCCAAAUUCCAGGUAGCCGAUUUCAAAGUACUUCUGGGGGCAUCAGGAAGCUUCUGUCCGACUCAGCAAACCAUCCCGGCAGUUUCGUAUUUCUACGAAUUACCGGGACAGCACCUCACAACACCAUAUGUAUGCGAAUUACGUCUUCCAAGGAAAGGAUACUCGGUUCCACGUCAGGGAACAGUACAGGUCACGUUGCUCAAUCCUCUGGGAACCGUGGUCAGAAUGUUCGUGAUACCGUACGACUUUCGGGAUAUGCCAGCGAUGUCGACAACUUUCAUCCGCCAGCGUAUACUAUCCUACGACGAUAACAGCAAGGAUCCACUAGUGUCUGUUAAAAGCGUAGAAGAGCUCAGUAAUGCUGAACAAAUGAAGUUGUUACGUUAUGCAAUCCAUCUGAGAUUUCAAACAUCUCGUUCCGGUAAACUGUCGCUACACACCGACAUUCGCCUGUUGAUAUCCCGGCGUACCGACUGUGAUACUGCGGCAGCACACGGGAAAAAUCUCCUGGAGGCCCCAAAUGAGUUGAAGGUGGUCACAAUCGUACCGGAAAAUCCCAAGUUUAGCCUGAGAGUGGACAAACAGUAGGAAAGUGAUGUUGUCCGUUUCAUUCUAUUUUAUUUUAGCACCAAUUCAUAUUUGAAAAUUUUUCGUUUUCAAAAUUUUUAAUUUGUGGUAUCAUUUGUUCCCUGCAUUCAUUCGUUGCUAUUGUGAUUAUGAGUCCAUCGAUUGUCGUGUUUACUGUACAUCACAGCAAGGAAAUUGGUGAUUUGUUCAAUGAAUAGUGUUUGCGAAUCAGAAAACCAACGAUGGACCACGUUUAUUUUAUUGCACUGAUUUUUUAUCUCAUUAUAAUUUGUUAUGAAUUCUUUUGUUAAUAAUAAUGGUUUGAAAAAUUAUUUUCUUUAGUUUGGAACACAAUUUCUCAACUCGUCACUAACAACACUAUACAUAGUAUAGCGUUCAUUCUGUAUGUACGAUUAUGGAAAAUAUAACUAAGAUUUGAAAACGAUAGAAUUUACUAAAGAGUUUGUUAUGGCUUUUCUUAGAAACUGGUAGUUGUGACUAGCUAACAUUUGUGUCCGCUAUUUCAAUAGAUUCCAAAUUUUACGAUAUCCGCUUAUCACGAGAAAACGAAAAACGGAUUGAUGGAUUGUGUAUGCUUAAGCUGUGAUUUGCAAAGAUAACUGUUUUCGCUAGCGUGUUUGUCGUAACUCUUGAACACGCAGCACGAAUAAGAUUAUCUCUAAACAUAAUAAGCGAAUUGUGUAUAUUGUUAAUAUAUUUUGUUCAAGUGAUGUACGAUACGAAACGAAUAAAAUGGAAAUGUUCUUUUAGGUUUAA